AUCACAUCUGCAACAGCUGCUUCACUACCACCUCCUACUGCGUCUGUCCACUACUCUGAAAUCCACGCUGGGAGGUUGUAUUCCCUCCUUGGGCCCCGUGUUUUCGGGUGACGCCGGACCACGACCCUGACCAGGAUGAAGCGGAAAUCCUCCCUUUAUAUGCAGACAGAGAGAUGAAUCAAUGAGGUGGCUGCAAUGUCACCCUGAUAACUGUCAUCUCUGUAACUGACACUUUGUGAUGAAAUAUCUUCUAUGAUCAUGGCGAAGAGUCCAGAAGUUAAAGUGGCUGUUUUUGGAAAAGCUGGAGUUGGGAAAUCAGCCCUGGUUGUGAGGCUUCUGACCAACCGCUUCAUCUGGGAGUAUGACCCAACACUUGAAUCUACAUACCAUCACCAAGUCAGUGUUGAUGAUGAAAUAGUCAGCAUGGAGAUUUUGGACACAGCUGGACAGGAGGACCUACUACAGAAGGAGGGUCACAUGCGCUGGGGUGACGGAUUUGUACUUGUCUACGACAUCACUGAUCGAGGCAGCUUUGAGGACAUGGCACCUUUACGUGGCCUGCUUGACGAAGUACGGAAGCCACGGCAUGUGCCGUUGGUGCUGGUUGGAAACAAGGCUGACCUAGAGCAUGCACGGCAGGUGCCCACUGAAGAGGGGGAGCGUCUGGCUGCUGACAUGGCGUGUGCCUUCUAUGAGUGCUCUGCAUGUAUAGGCACAGCGGGCAGUGUGGGCACCGUGGCCGAAGCCUUUCACGAGCUGUGCCGUGAGGUCCGUCGGCGACGAGCCGUACAGGGCAAAACCAGACGUCGCAGCUCUACCACACAUGUCAAGCAGGCCAUCAACAAGAUGCUCACCAAGAUCAGCAGCUAGGGAGAAACGUGGAGAGAAAUAGAUGAAACAGCUAAGGAAGGAAUCUUAAAUGCCUACAGUGAGACUGAUGAAAUAUUGGACUGUGUUUGACUGAUUAAAAUCUAAAGCCAUUGGGAAGUGUUAUUUUGACAGAAACAAUUACUUGUGAUGUCCAGUCAUUUUUUAAUUCAGUUUUGUGAGUUGCCAGCACUAGAGUGCAACAUACAUGACAAGUCAGAGGGUUUUGUGCACACAGAAAGAAAAAGUACGACAAAAGAACAAUGCAAAACUUCAAUUUUAAUAGAGCUAAAUAGAAUUGCAGUUUAGUACAAUUUAAUUCAAUUUAUUUAUAUAGAACUUUUAAAAUGAUAAUUUUUGCUUGGUAACAUACUCAGACAAACUCAGAGGGAAGUUUUGACCAUACUAAAGAACUACUCUUAUGUGUUGCUCAUUGGCUGAUGUACAAAUUGUAACCAAAUUGUGCCUUGCUUAAGUUGCAGAGA